GUGGGGCUUGCUUGCAUUACUGUCUGGGGUAAGACUUGUCUCUGUCAGAGUUGAGACAGCACUGCUGCACGUUCUCCACUCCUGGCACCUUGCUAAAGGCAGUUUGACUUGUGAAGCCGUUUACAGGCUAAUGCAAGGAUGGCAGCCAAAAGCAAGCAGGUAAUGCAGAACGGAACCCCUAAGGGAAAUAAUAACGCAUUGCAGAGGGUCUUGCACCUACCGGUGGUCAAUUCAGCAUGCAGCAACCUCCAGAAGGCGUAUUCCGUCACCAAAGAAGCUCAUCCCCUGAUGGCGUCAGUGUGUGGGGCUUAUGAGCGAGGCCUCCAGAAUGCCAGCUCCAUAGCUGCAUUGAGCGUGAAGCCUGUGGUAAAGAAGCUGGAACCUCAACUUGCAGCAGCCAACAUCCUGACUUGUCGAGGUCUGGACCAUUUGGAGCAGAAGAUUCCUGCCCUCAACCAGCCAGUGGAGAAAGUUACAUCUGAUCUGAAGGACUCCAUCGUAACUUACAUGCAAAGUGCUAUGCGCUCAGUUAUGCACACCUUGGACCGAGUCAUGGGACUGGGUGCCAAAAGCUGCAAGCAGCCCAAGAGUAGCAUAAGGGACGCAGCAGAGUAUGCCAGGACCAGUCGAGUGAGCCAGCUGGCUGAAGCUGGAGUAGAUGCAGCCAUUGACAAACUGGAGAAGCUCGUGGAUUUCUUCCUACCAAAAACCGAGCAUGAGUCAGGGCCCAAGCCUCCAGGGAGGUGUGAGUCAAGCACCUUUGGAAGAAUAAAAUCCUUAGCUGCUACUGCUUUCCACCGUGCAUACAAAAAGACCACCCAAAACAUUCAGCACGUAAGAGACAAAGGGCAGGAUUUGGCAACAUGUAUCCCAGGUCUGGUUGUCUUGGCCCGGCAGAGCUCAAAGAAGGUCCUGAAGAUCAUCAUUGGUGUUCAGAGUGCAGAAACCGGCUGGCUAAGCAAGAAGGUUCAGAAGGUGCCAAAGAAAGAGGAAGAAACCAAGAAAGAUGACACUGCGAGAAAGACAACAAAGCAAGUCGAGGCACAGAGCUUGGUGGGCAGUGUGUCUCAGAACCUGCAGACGUCAUGCUUCUCCAUCGCCUCAAGGGUGAAGGAUGCCCCUGUUACUGUCUGGAAUGCGGCUGGGCAGCUUCUGCAGGUCUCCCCACAGAGGGCCAUGUCUGAGGCAGGGGACAAAGUGGACCUGUUGAUAGAUACCUUUCAUAAUAUCACAAACAACCUGCUGGGAACAUUCUCCUACUAUGUACCUCUUCCAAAGAUCUCGGCGAAACAAGAGGAGACUGCAAGCGUGCCCAUAGCUAAUUCUGAGUCAAGUCAAGACCAGGAAGGUACCCAGCCUGUGAGCCCAGAUGAUGAGGAGGAGGAGAGGGGGCUCGCGUAUCAGCUCCUAGGAGUUCGGCGGUCUAGUCGAGGUCACCAUCCCCUCUCCUUCCUCAAUCUUGAUGGGCCCCUUCCUCCUCAGCCAGCCCCCUCCCAACAUCGGAGCGCAGCCUUUGAAGCUGAGUGUGCAGGAUCCCGCAAAUCUGCCUUCUCCCCUUACAAGGAUUGGGCCGGCAGCAGGAGAUUGAGCGAAGGGCUAUGCCGCCCCAGUUCGCAGGUUGUGUACACCAGGGCUCAUACAAGCCUCCACAGCACCACCUUCAAGAAAGACUAAGCCAAUUAGAGGCCCAAACCCUCUGCUUAAUAUCUUGUUCAGUCUCUUGAGUCUACUGCCCUUGUUGGCUUUGCAAGCUGUUUAACAGGCACGUCCAACUCCCUAGAGACUGCAAUCUACUCCCAGUAUAAAACAACUGGCAGGAAUCUACCCAUUGUCACGGGGGGGGGGGGACCAAAUUUGUUGACCUUUUUUUAGGGGAGUCCAGUCUUCAGUUCCAUAUUAGUUUGCAAUUUUUCUUUUUUUAAAAAAAAAACACCUUGUGAAAAUUAAUCGGCAUUUCAGUGCUAAUUUUUCCUAACAAAUGCAUGAUUUUUGCCUAAUAUUUUUGCCAAGGAAUUUCCUCAAGUAUAAUGCAUUUUUGUAAGAUAAUUUCACUAACAUAUGCAUGUCUAGGUACACUUUACCCAAGCACAUGCAUUUUUUGAACGCUCUAAUUGGCUGGAGAACAACACAGCAAAGUUUGCAGAUGUUCAUAUCUCAAGGGACGGCUUAGUUUUGGCUCACGUGUUGUGAAUAAGGCAGGUUCACCUUUAAAUGCGAACUGAAUUUAAUUUCUCCCCAUUCCUACCCUCUUGAGUUGGACGCCAAGUUUCAUCAGCCCCAGCUAGUACAGUCAGUGGUCAUGAAUGAUGAACAUUGGAGGGCCACAGAUUCCUCAGCCCUGCCAAAUGGAUUGACAUGCUUAACAUAAUGCCUUUUUUGACCUUAAGAACCAUAGCUAAAGACAACCUUCCUAACUUGGUUGGGCUACUUACAUUCCCAUUUGGGGCUUUAAAGAACGAAUGGCAAAUCUGUGAUUUCCUCUUAGCUGACAGAAACAUAGAACCGUAGAAUUGUAGAGUUGGAAGGGACCACAAGGGUCAUCUAGUUCAACCCCCUGCAAUGCAGGGAUAUUUUGCCCAAUGUGGGGCUCGAAGCUACAACCCUGAGAUUAAGAGCCUCAUUCUCUACCAGACUGAGCUAUCCCUGGCCAGCAAACAUGCCUCCUUUGAGCAUCUAAAACCCCACCAUCAUGUGUCUGUGUGUUUUUAGUGUAUGAAUUGUUAGUGUCAGAAAUGUAUAAUAUGAACAGUUAUUUUAUAUUGGGAAGCUUUUAUCUACUUUCCAUAAAUAAAAUAAUUUGCUACACAUUA